CGAGGAGGCUACCAUGAUCGACGCGACCGCGAAGACCGACCGAAGUCAAAGCAUAUUCUGCCCGGCUACGAACCUUGGGUUUUGGUCAGAACGAGACUUCGAAGACGCUUUGUGCACAAUACAGAAACGAAAGAGAGCUUCUGGCACAUUCCCCAAGAUGUCAUGCCCGGCGUGGUGGAGUUCGAGGAGUGGGAGAAGGAUCAGAAGGAGAAGGCUGAGAACGCGAGGUGGGCCGAAGAGCAGCUCAAAGAAAUGAGGGAGAAGAGCAAGGCGACAGAAGUCAACGAGGCUGCGGACAAGGAAGGGCGCUUUGGCUAUGACAGCGAUGGUUCCUAUGAGGAGGUGGAGGUCACAGAUUCUGAAGGCGAAGAGCGAGAGGAUGAUGGAGGCACUGGUAACGACACCCAAGUUCAGGAUGCCGAAGCUGAGCAGCCAGCAGACGACGGACCCGUUGAGUUUGGUGAAGAUGAUAUCGCCUGGCAGCUGGCGCAAAUGGGAGAGGACUACGGACUGGAUCCUGGCGAAUAUGGUGAUGCAGAGGAGGAGGAGUGGGCCGAGGGUGCAGAGGGUCUGCCACUGACUAACGAUGAUGCUGCGAAUCUCUUCCGAGACCUGCUGGACGACUAUCGAAUAAGUCCAUUCACUCCAUGGGAUAAGAUCAUUGCCGACGAAACCGAUGCAAGCAUCAUCAACGAUGAUCGGUAUACCGUCUUGCCGAACAUGCGGGCACGCAAGGAGGUCUUUGACAUCUGGGUGAAGGACAAGGCUGCUCAAAUCAAAGAAGAGCGAGCGGCGAUGGAGAAGCAAGACCCAAGGAUACCAUAUCUGGCUUUCUUGCAUUCCAAGGCCACGCCAAAAUUAUACUGGCCGGAGUUCAAGCGGAAGUACAAGCGCGAAGCGGAGCUCAAUGACCGCAAAUUGGGCGACAAGGAUCGCGAGAAGCUAUACCGCGACCACAUCAAUCGAUUGAAACUGCCAGAGAGCACGCGUAAAGCAGAUUUGCAGACUCUGAUGAAGAGCCUACCAUUGAAAGCGCUCAAUCGCGAAACACGCCUGGAAGCUUUGCCACAGCAGCUGCUGUCUCAUCUUCAUUACGUCAGCCUGCCUGCUGGCACGCGAGACCCCAUCAUCGAGGAUCACAUUCGAAAGCUGCCCCCGCCACCUGAAGAUGGAGACCUGAGUGACGAGCAACGGAUCGAGGAGGAGCAGAGGCGGGACGAGCGAAGACGUCGUGAAAAGGCUCUGGCAGAACGAGAACGGAAAGUCGAGGAGGAGAGGCGACGCGCGGAGAAGGACGGCGCUCGAGCAAGGAGAGAUCUGCGUGAGGAGGAGCGUGAACUCCAGCGAGCCAUGGCAGUCUAUAAUCGAGGCCUGAAGUCGCAUCUG